AUGGCCGCGCGCGCAAUCGCAACAGUCGCGGCACUCGAUCACCUCGUCUUAACGGUCCGCUCGAUCCCAACUACCGUCGCAUUCUACGAGCGCCUUGGUAUGCGGCACGAACUAUUCCGCACACCCACAGAGGUACGGCACGCCCUCCGCUUCGGCCUGAGUAAGAUCAACCUCCAUGAGGCCGGGAACGAGUUUACUCCCCGCGCAACGCUGGCUAAACCGGGUACGGCCGAUCUCUGUUUUUUAGUCGAUGAGAAGGUCGGCACCGUCCAGAGCCGCCUUGAGAUGGCUGGGAUUGAGAUUCUAGAGGGGGGAGGGAUCGUGAACCGUACCGGGGCAAGGGGGGCUUUGCUUAGUGUGUAUAUCCGCGAUCCGGACGGUAACUUGAUUGAACUCUCAAACUACGAGGACGACAUUCACGCGUGA